UUGGUUGUUAAGUUAAGCAUAGUUUUGCUGACAGGUCCAUUGUUAAUCAGAUUUAUUUGUUGCCUGUUCUUUCAUUGCUCCAAGUUCACUGUUUGAGAUCCUAGGAAUUAAGCAAUGGGCCAGCAUGUCUCCAGAACAGAGUUUGAGACCGCAUACACUGAGGAACCUCAUGCCUCGCGCCGCAUACAAAUACUUAAAGCUCACCCAGAAGUGAAGACCCUGUUUGGCCCAGAUCCUUGGUUGGCUGUGUGGACCUUAUUGAUAGUUGCCUUCCAAGUGGCUUCUCUUUUUGUGGUCUAUCAGUUACACUGGCUGCCUACUCUCAUACUUGCUUACGUAGUUGGUGGCACCCUCAACCACAGUCUGACAUUAGUAAUUCAUGAGAUCGCUCAUAACCUGGCCUUUGGACACAAGUACCCUUUGGCCAACAGAGCCCUGGGCAUUUUUGCCAACUUGCCCAUUGCUUUGCCCAUGUCUGUCACCUUCAAGUUCUACCAUCUGCAGCAUCACAAGUUCCAGGGCGUAAAAGAAAUAGACACUGACAUCCCCACAAAACUGGAAGCUCAGCUGUUCUGCACAACAUUUGGGAAGUUUGUGUGGAUGUUGCUGCAGGGCGUCUUUUAUGCCUUCCGUCCGCUCUGCGUGAACCCUCGCCCCUUCUCGGCUCUUGAGCUCUUCAACAUCAGCGUGCAGAUUGCCUUCAAUGCAGCCGUUGCCUAUUAUUUCAACCUUCAAGCGCUGCUGUACCUUGCUGGAGGCACGUUGCUUGCUCUGGGUGUUCACCCUGUGGCUGGUCACUUCAUAGCUGAGCAUUACAUGUUCAACAAGGGCCAGGAGACCUACAGCUACUACGGCCCUCUCAACAUGCUCACCUUCAACGUCGGCUACCACAACGAGCAUCACGACUUCCCAUUCAUCCCGGGCUCUCGCCUGCCCAAGCUUCGUGCCAUGGCUCCCGAGUUCUACGACACUCUGCCCUGCCACAAGUCAUGGGUAAAGGUCCUCUACGACUUCGUCAUGGAUCCUACCAUUGGGCUGUACGCUAGGAUAGUGCGCGAAAGGAACAUUCCUAGUGCUUCUGUGACGCCUUAUUCUCCUGUAUCUCCUAUUGUGUCUUCAGCUGCUGUCAAGUCUGCUGGCUCCUCCAAUGGAACGCAGAGUGCCACGUUCAAUGACUGCCCAAUCUCACGACGAGUUGCCUUCAUGGCUGACGAAUAGUAAUCUCUUCUAGAAUUAGUAUAAUGACAUCUAGUCCAGUGUCGACUAGUGGUAAACUGAUAGCUAUUGACGCUUAGUUUUAAACAAAAAUUGGAUUUUCAUUGUGAAAAUUGACGCCGCCAAAAUGGAUGAAAAUUUACUCUCUAAUUACUUUCUAAUCAACAUUUCUUCAACUUCAUUUUUUCUUGAUAUUCUCUCCUUUUUGCUCUCGUUUUUCUGAAUUUGGGUCAUUAUCUUUCCUUUUUAUUUUGUCACCACAGUGCCUACAUAUUAUUCCCGGCUUGGUGCUGCAACAAACUAGGGCAACAACAGUUAUUAACUAGGCUAUACUUGCCUCGUAACUAUGCUGCAGAAUCCAGCACUUGUUUUGAUGUCAAUUACAAGCUUGUGUAGCAACAAGCCGUCCAAUUGAGCUUCUUAAGCGAGGCCAUUUUCUCAAAGUGAGCGUGCGUAGACAAGACCUAAAUUGUAUUGACAAGAUGUCCUCCAGUCAUAAAUUAGUGCGCCGUGAAAAAUUUGUUGGCCCCGUUUAACUUAGCAGUUUUUAACGUUUCUGCUACGUGGGUGCACGCUGGGAGUGCUCAAGGCUACUGUAUGUGUAAAUAUUUUUAACAGUUUUGCGGACAGCAGGCAUUCCUAUUUACUUGCUAGUUCACACCAUUGAAUCCAUGGAGACAUGGAGUUAUUUGUGUUUGUCUUUUCUCAAAUUUGUGCA